CUGAUUGAUUUAUGUUUGAUGCAAGACCGACCAAUUACAAUGAUGGAUGAACCACCCUCCAGCGUGAAGCCAGAAAAGAAGAAGAAACCAGUGAAGCAAAAGGCUGCCGUAGUCGAAGACAAGGGAGACUCUACAGGGGGCAAAGAAGCAUCCAAUCUAUCCAAAAGGCCACGGAAGAGAUACAAGCCAAUCCUGCAGAGCGGUGUUUCCCCAUCUGAUUCCUUGCUCGAUCCUUCUGGAUCAAGCGACGAGUACAGGGCAUUGAGACACAAGUAUCUCCUGCUGGAGGAGGAAAACUUCUCACUGGAUAGAGAGCUCGACGAGGUCGAUGCAGAUGUCAAAGCUCUGGAGGAUGAGAAGCUCGCUCUGCUGGAUCAGCUUGUUGUGUUGGAAGGCCUUGUCCAACCUUCUGAAAUUAAGCGCCAAUUAUAGCGUUGUAAAUGGUAGUUGACCUUAAGAUUGCUCGUGAUGGAUGCAUGAUUUUAACAGCCUCGGAAAUGGAGGAAGCAUAAUUUUAUCUUG